AGCGACUAAAACCAUCCGCCCUUUAACGCAUCCCUUCGGUUUCCCUCUCCGUCUGCUCGCCCUCCGACAGGAUACACUCUCCUUCAUUCGUACCCCUUAAUCCCCUCGCGCCACCUUAGACGGCUCGCUUCAUUACACGGUCCUUAAGGAGCUCCGCUGCUUUGCUCCCUCGCUCCCGAUCCCGCCUCGGCUCCAAUUAGCUUCUCCUCCCUUCCUCAGAUCGCGAUCUCUCCCUUCGCCUUGCUCGUAUCGGAGGAUUCACCCCUUUCGCUUUCUCGCCAAUCCAAGUUCUGAGCUUAAUUCUUAAUCUAUGGCGUCGUCGUCUCCGCCGUUCGCCGCGGGGCCCCCGAGGCCGCGGCCAGGAUUUGCCCCCUCCGCCAACGCAAACGUCGCCGGCGCCCCUCAGAUCAACCAGAUCGGCCGCCCCCUGCCGUCCUCCACCGCCCCCAGCGCUCCCCUCCCGCCCUCACCUUUCUCCGCACCUCUCCCGGCCUCCACCCGUCCCGGCCCUCCCCAAUACGCAUCCCGCCCGCCAGCUGCGGCCUUUCCGCAGGGCCUGGUCGCCAGUAACGGGCCUCAGGGCCUUGUCGCGCCGCGGAUCCCCCCUCCUUCUCAUGCCCAGCAGACGCCGCCGGUUGGCGCUCCGGCGUCAAUCAGGGCUCCCUCUCCGUCGGCUGCGCCUUCCCAGGCUCAGGUUGUCCGUCCGUUUCCCGGGAGCCCGCCUGCCGCUACCCCUGUGGCCGCUGCUGCAUCGCGGCCGUUCACAGGUCCACUGGCUUCGCAGCAAUUCGGUAGACCGCCAAUCUCGCACCACUUGUCCGGAUCGCCGACCUCGCAGCCGCCCUUCGCUGGAUCACAGCCAGCCUUGGCCGGACAGCCCACCACGCAGCUACCUUUCAACAGACCACCCACAUCGCAGCAAUUUGGUGGACCACCCACGCAGCAGACAUUCACCAGACCGCCAGUUUCACAGCCGUAUAUGGGCUCAUCAACCUCCCAGCCGUAUGCAGGACGGCCAUCCUCGCCGUCAUAUGUCGGUCCACCAUCUUCGCAGCCAUUCCCAGGGCCUCCUAAUAUGGGCGCCCCUUUCGGCACUCCAGCUCCAGCUUGGCCAUCACAACCGCGGCAGGUGGCCCCUUCCAUGCCGGGCAACAUGCAAGCCCCUCCUGGAAUGUUCGGCAUGCCGCCAGGCACACCAGGUCAUACUAUGCCUCCGGUUCCACCUGCUAUGGGCCACUCGCCCCUUGCAGGGUCUCAAGUCUCGACGCCAUCCAAGAUUGAUCCUAACCAAAUUCCCCGACCCUUGCCAAGUUCCUCAGUCACACUAUUCGAGACUCGUCAAGGAAAUCAAGCAAAUGUACCACCGCCUGCAACAAGCAAUUUUGUUGUCAAGGAUAAUGGUAAUUGCAGUCCUCGCUUUAUGAGAUGCACCAUGAAUCAGAUACCAUGCACCGGAGACCUUUUGUCUACAUCUAGCAUGCCUUUGGCCUUGAUGGUGCAACCGCUGGCUCUUCCACAUUCAUCCGAGGAGCCUAUCCAAAUUGUAGAUUUUGGUGAAAGUGGACCUAUACGGUGUUCUCGAUGCAAAGGUUACAUAAAUCCUUUCAUGAAAUUCAUUGAUCAUGGACGAAGAUUUAUUUGCAAUUUAUGUGGCUUUACUAAUGAUACUCCGCGGGACUACUACUGUAAUCUUGGGCCAGAUGGUAGGCGCCGUGAUGCCGAUGAAAGGCCCGAACUUUGUAGAGGAACGGUUGAAUUUGUUGCUACUAGAGAGUACAUGGUACGUGAUCCAAUGCCUGCUGUCUUUUUCUUCCUCAUUGAUGUCUCAAUGAAUGCUGUACAGACCGGUGCAACUGCAGCAGCUUGCAGUGCAAUCAGUCAGUCUCUUGCAGAUCUUCCUGAUGGUCCACGGACAAUGGUUGGUAUUGCAACUUUUGAUUGCACUAUUCAUUUCUAUAAUCUUGGACGAGCUUCACAGCAGCCCUUAAUGCUCAUUGUUCCUGAUGUACAUGAUGUUUAUACACCCCUCCAUACAGAUAUAAUUGUUCAACUUGCUGAGUGCCGCCAAAGUUUGGAACAAUUGCUAGAGAACAUCCCAAACAUAUUUGAAAACAAUAAAGUUGCUGAAUCUGCAUUUGGCGCAGCUAUCAAGGCUGGGUUUCUGGCAUUGAAACCUACAGGUGGAAAGCUUCUUGUAUUUCAGUCAGUCUUGCCAUCAGUUGGUAUUGGUUCUCUUUCUUCCAGAGAAGCUGAGGGAAGAACAAAUGUCUCUGCUGGUGAUAAGGAGGCUCAUAAGUUGCUCCAACCAGCAGACAAGACACUGAAAGCAAUGGCUGGAGAAUUUGCCGAGUACCAGGUUUGCGUGGAUAUGUUCAUAACCACCCAGACUUAUGUUGACAUUGCUUCCAUUUCUGUUGUACCAGGAACCACAGGGGGGCAGGUAUAUUAUUAUUAUCCGUUUUCUGCUCUUUCUGAUCCUGGCAAACUCUACAAUGAUCUUAGAUGGAACAUCAGUAGACCCCAAGGUUUUGAGGCAGUGAUGCGUGUCAGAUGUAGCCAGGGUCUCCAAGUUCAAGAGUAUUCAGGAAACUUUUGCAAGCGUAUUCCCACUGAUAUUGAUCUUCCUGGGAUUGACAGUGACAAAACAAUAAUGGUCACAUUUAAACAUGAUGAUAAGUUCCAGGAGAACUCAGAAUGUGGCUUUCAGUGUGCACUUCUUUAUACUACUGUGUAUGGGCAAAGAAGAAUAAGAGUUAUUAACCUUUCCCUUCCUUGCACAAGCAUGCUCAGUAAUCUGUUCCGUUCAGCUGACUUGGAUACUCAGUUUGCCUGUUUUCUCAAGCAAGCUGCAAGCAUUAUCCCUGUGAGCUCUCUUUCUCAAGUUCGUGAGCAUAUCACAAACCUCUGCAUCAACAUCUUACAUGCCUACCGUAAAUAUUGUGCAACGGUAUCAUCAUCAGGACAAUUAAUUCUUCCUGAAGCUCUUAAGCUUUUGCCACUAUACACCCUAGCUUUGGCUAAAAGCAUUGGGUUGCGAAAUGAUGCGCGGUUGGAUGAUCGUUCUUAUUGGGUUAGUCUUGUCACAUCACUUUCUAUAUCAUUGGCUAUUCCUUUAGUAUAUCCCAGGAUGAUAACAAUUCAUAACCUGACUGCCAAGGAGGAUGAUGAAUCCCUUUUACCUGCUAGUAUUCCUCUUUCUAGUGAGCACAUAAAUGAUGAUGGAAUUUAUCUCCUGGAAAACGGUGAAGAUGGCCUGAUUUAUAUUGGGAACAUGGCCAACCCUGAGACUCUUCAACAGAUUUUUGGAGUUUCUUCUGUGGAUGGGCUUCCAGCUCAGCUUGUAUUGGAGCAAUUUGAUAAUGAUCUGUCAAAGAAAUUAAAUGACAUUGUUAAUGAGAUACGAAAGCAGAGAUGUUCAUAUCUACGUUUGAGGCUGUGCAGAAAGGGCGAUCCCUCAGGCAUGCAUUUUAUGUCAUAUAUGGUCGAAGAUAAAACUCCUGGAGGCCUCUCCUAUGUUGAGUUCCUUGUACAUGUCCACCGGCAAAUCCAAACAAAAAUGGCUUGAUCAAGAAAUAUUCGUGCACAAAAUUUUGGUUGACAUUGGCAUUUUGAUUUUAUGGAAUUUAAGUUAAAAUCAGAAAUGGGCAACCAACAAGAGCACUGGAUGCUUCUUUGUACUUGCUGAGUGCAAUUUCUGCUGACUAGCUCGGCACAUGAGUGAAAACAGGUGCCAGUUUCCGAUGCUUGCAAUUCUCAAACUGAUACUUGGAAGUAGACAAAAUCGAUAGUAAAGGUGCAAUAUCUGCCUGUUGCUUUUCUAGAUAUUUCUUUUGAUUCCUUGUAGACUCAGAGGGUGUAUGAUAUCAUCUUGGUCGAUUAUAUUGUUAUAAUUUGUUUGGGUUUACAAUUAAUUGGGAGGUUUUCAUUUGUAUCUUCAAUUAUCUUUAGAAAGGUCUAAGGUCAAAUAUCUUUGUGAGCUAUUCAAGCAGGGUUGUUGAUGAGUGUCAUUUGGAUUGUACCUAAUCAAAUGUUUGCUUUUACUGAUAAGUAGUAGCCUUGUUUA